AUGCAGACUGCUUCUACAAACAUUUGUGAAAGAAUGGGUCAAUCUCAGGAGCUCAGUGAAUUCAAGCAUGGUACCGUGAUAGGUUGCCCCCUGUGCAAUAAGUCCAUUUGUGACAUUUCCUUGCUACUAAAUAUUCCACGGUGAACUGUUACUGGUAUUAUAACAAAGUGGAAGCAACUGGGAACAACAGCAAUUGUUGACAGAGCAGGGUCAGCGCAUGCUGAAGCGCACAGUGUGCAGAUGUCACCAACUGUCCGCAGAGUCAACAGCUAAAGACCUCCAAACUUCGUUUUCAGUGAAACUCCUAAGACAUCAGCAUACCAAGAAAUUUUGGACAAUUUCCCAACUUUGUGGGAACAGUUUGGGGAUCGCACCUUCCUGUUCCAACAUGACUGCUCACCAG